AGAGCUAAAGUCAUCAAUCUAUGAGUAAAAAGAAACUAUAAAUCGAUGCGGGCUGGCCGACCGUGAAUAAGCACAUGCCCUGAUUUGUGAUACGGGCUGGGUAGAUGAGAGCAAAAUACUUACGAAGAGUUUUAAAUUUGAAAUAUCCUCUUUGAGUUCUGCGUAGUGUUGGAAUAAUUCUUUCAAAAGGCCGUAUGAAGAUCGAAGACAAAAUUGACGAAUCUUCUGUACAAGGAUUUAUGUUUGGUUUAGUGAUUUUAGGUCCAGCAGCUGGCAAAUUGAAAUAUACACUUUUGGAUAAGCAAGAUAUCACUUUACUUCAGAAUCAUCUUUUAGAGGCUUAUGUUGAAAUUGAUAGAAAUGGGCAAGGAGCUCAAAUAUUUGCCUUCGCCUAUGAUGUCAAAAAAGGAAAAGAAUCUGGCAGAUAUGUUCAUGAAAUACUCUGGGAGAAGUAUUAUGGUGGGAUAGCACCUGGUUUCAAAGUAGUACACAAAAAUGGUAUUACUGUUGACAAUAGAGUAGAAAAUUUAAUGUUAUGUCCAAAAAAUGUUAGUCAUUCUCAAUGUGCAAGUCAAAAAAGUCCAGAAGAUUCCUUAUAUUGGGCUGCUGUUGUAGAAAUGCCUCAUGAGGCUGAACCUCUCUACAUGAAAUUGUUCACAUCGCAAGAAGAACUGUCUUUAAUGAAAGAAGAAAGGUAUUUUGAAUGCCACUAUCCACCAUGUACUAAAAUGGAACAAAGGCCUCAAGAAUUUAGCAUUUGUGGUUUAUGUCAAGUCACUCGUUAUUGUAGUUCUGCAUGCCAAACAAGAGACUGGACUUGGCACAAGCCCAUAUGUAACCAAAGACCUAGGCCCAUCUUCAUAGAAAGCUAUCCUGACCGGUGAUCAACUAUUUCAUUAAAAGAGUUUAUAAACAGUUCAUAUAUAUCAUCCAAAUCAUCUUGCACUUUAUUGCAAAAAAAGCAUUGACAUUUUCAAAUAUGUAUUGUUUGUAGAUGGAAAUUUUGAGGAAUUUGUAUUUUUUGUGCUGUUUUUAAAUCUAACAUUUUGCCUAGAUGUUGUGCAAAGUUUUAUAUUUUAAUAAUUUAUAAACAAUGUUUUUUAAGGAACAGAUUUCAGUAUUAGAAGGGGUAUUUUAAAUAUAUUGCAGACUUUUUUUUUUUCCUUUAACAUGUUCCUAUCUAUCACCAAAGUUAUAUGUGAUGAGUUUUUUUAACAUUUUCAAUUGCUUUUAACAAAGUUAUGUUGGAUUUUCAGUAUUUGUAUUUAUCAGUAUUUGGAUUAAUUGAUAAGUGUUCAGUUUACAUUGCAUUGUAAAAAUAUCAUUUUUAUGUGUUUACCUUUGAACUGCUUAUGGUUUACACAUUUACUACCAAAUAUAUAUUUUUUCAAAGCAAAUGUAUACUUAUAUCUAAUUUAAAUAAUAAAUGUUCUUAUAUUUAAUGAUUCAUGCCGUUCUUAUUCCAUUUACAAACAACUUUCAAAAACCUGAAUGAUGGAAUUUUGCUUGUGUGUGCAAAAGUGAGUGCAUUAUCAUAAUGCGAAUUGAGCUUUCUAAACAAGAGGCUUGCAAUUGACCUUUAAUCCAAUUGUUUGACCUCUGUAACAGUUCAGUUUUUCAUAGCAAAACAUAUUUAUUUAUGUGUAAUUUGAAAUUAUUGUUUUUUAGGGGCAAAUGGAUAGUGUGUAUGAAUGUUUUAUUACAUUUUACACAUUGUUUCACACUGCUAGUCGAAAUGAAUCCUCUUUAUCUAAACCAGGAAUUAGCAAAGUGUGAUUCUUAAAUCUUUCAUUUGAUCACUUUAGUUUAUUCUAGUGUAAAACAUUUGUCUAUGCAUCAAUGUGCUUGCUUUCAAGAGGCAAAUGGAUAAUAUGGGAAUGUUAUAUCAUGAAACUAUGUGUAAAAAUGUUAUUUUAUUUGAAAUGAUCUUUUAUGUAAAGCAGGAAUUGACAAACUGUGGGUUAUGAACCACAGUUAAACUAGUCAGUCGGUCAGUUGUGCUGUUUGGUUUCUUAUGAUAAAAUAUGUGUGACAUGAUGUGGUGGUUAUCUGCAAAUGAAUAAAUAAUGUGUGAAUUUUAAAGCAUGGAGUAAUGUUAUACUCACUACUGAUUUCCAUUAGAUAGUUUUGUAAAUUGUGUGGGUUAAAGUCGACUGAUGAUAUGGCUUUGCAUUCAGACUACAGCCAGGUUUCAAACUUAAUUCUAUAUGUAUAUAAGUUUGUUGCACAUUUAAUGAUUUGGGACAUUAGGUCUGAUCUUGGAGAGGAGGGAAGUUGACUCGGAUGUUGUCAUCUGAUCAUAGUUAAAAAUUACAAAGUCCAUCGCAAAAUAAUUCUUAUGUUGUUUUAAAACAGGAUUUAAUACAACUAAUUAUAGAUUGUUUUGUGGUCAAUCUUCUUUAAUCCCUUCAUUAUAUUUAAAUGCUAAUACUCAUCAUACAGUUGUUUUGUCUAAAUUUAUGAUGGCAAAUCUCGCAUAAUUCAAAUUGAGACUAUUUUUAACAUAUAAAUUUUUGUCGAUUUUGCUAGAAAAUAUGGAAGGGGUUACAAGAAAAUAUUUUGGCAACUAAUUAAGAUUAUCUUUUAUGAUAUUUUUUUAUUUGCACUUUCUUU